GGAUGACUGCAAGCAAAGAUGGCGGAAAAUUUCUGCCAGAACUUGUCGUGUUUGACUUAGAUUUUACAGUGUGGCCAUUUUGGGCUGACACUCAUGUUUCUCCACCUUUUACAAAAAAGAGUAAUGGCUCAAUACAGGACAGUGGUGGAAACAAGGUGAAACUGUACGAUGACAUGUUGGAAAUUCUGAAGCAUCUCAGCUCUAAAGGAGUGCGUCUUGCUGCAGCUUCUAGAACUGAAGAUCCUCCCACAGCCCAGGAAUUAUUGAGAAUUCUUGACAUAGACCAGUAUUUUUCCUACAAGGAGAUAUAUCCUGGGUCAAAACUUACUCAUUUUAAAAGAUUUGUAGAGGCUAGUGGAAUUGCAUACUCUAAUAUGCUCUUCUUUGAUGAUGAAGAAAGGAAUAUUCAUGAAGUUAGUAGAUUAGGCGUAACUUGUGUUUUGGUGAAAAGAGGAAUGACCCAUACUGUCUUACAAAGUGGACUUGCGCAAUUUGCAGCUAAGCAUAAGUGAAAAUAUAGUUAAGACACAAAUGGUACCUUCAUGAAAGAAAUGAUGCUAUAACCUCAGCUGAAAUGAAAUGCAGAUGCACUAAUCAGCAUGGUGAUUGCUGUGGAAAUAAGGAAUCUUUAUCACAAUAGGGAAAUUUGGGGAAAUCUUUAUAAGAAGCAGAACGUGCACAACAAAUUUGACACAAUAUUUAACGAUUAAUAUCUGCAAAUGGGUUCUAAAGGUUCGUUUUCUCAUCUUUUUCUUACAUCAUCGCUAUUUUUUUUUCGUUGCUCUGCGCAAUCUCAUUGCAGGUCAUGUACUUGAAUGGGCACUCGUGCAAAAAACAUAUUCAAAGGCCUCUUUAACCUUUCUGUUUCUGUUCUCUGACAGUAUUUGCUGUUUUUGUGAGCCAUAUAUGUUUUUCUCUUUAUUUUUCGUAGAAAGCUAACAAAAAUACAGCGUGUGCAAUUAUUUUGAUCAAA